AUGGCAGACGUACCGAUCGAUUGUGAAUUCCCUGUUUGGGGAUUAAUGCCUAAAAGAGAAACAGGGGUCGUCUCAUUUUUAAAUAAAUAUCCUGAAUAUGAUGGCAGGAACACAGUUAUUGCUAUAUUAGACUCGGGCGUGGAUCCCGCCGCAGAGGGUCUUAAGGUUACUAGUACAGGAGAGACUAAAGUUAUCGAGAGGUACGACUGCAGUGGUUGUGGUGAUGUGGACACGAGCACGGUGGUGAAAAAAGUAGUGGAUGGAUACAUAACCGGCAUUACUGGACGUAAAUUAAAGAUUCCAGAAACAUGGGACAAUCCAAAGGGUGAAUGGCGUAUAGGUGUUGUUUAUCCAUUUAGUUUAUAUCCAACAAAGGUGAAGGAGAGGAUCCAAGAACACCGCAAGGAACACUUGUGGGAUGUUGGACAGAAACCUGCUAUGGCUAAGGCCACUAAAGACUUGCAGGAUUUUGAAAAUGAAGUUUCUUCAAAAACCACCUUGAGUCAAGAGGAGAAGCAAAUGAAGGAAGAGCUGGAAGCCAGAGUGGAGGUGUUGAAGGAACUUGACAAGAAAUAUACAGACGUGGGACCCACGUACGACUGUGUGCUGUACCACGACGGAACGGUGUGGAGAGCAUGCAUCGACACGUCCGAGGAAGGCGACUUAUCGUCGGGCGUGUUGCUGGGCGAGUACAGCGUGACUCACGAACACGCGCACCUCACGCCUCUAGACGAGAUGACGGUCAGUGUGAACGUACACAACAAUGGAGACACGCUCGAAGUGGUCGGCAUGUGUUCGACCCACGGUACCCACGUAGCGGCCAUAGCGGCGGGUUACUUCCCCGACGACCCCGAAAGGAACGGAGUGGCGCCGGGGGCGAAGAUUAUAUCACUGACUAUAGGAGACAGUCGGCUGGGGUCCAUGGAGACGGGCACGGCGCUCGUGCGGGCCUGUGUGAAGGUCAUGGAGCUGGCUGACACCAGCCGCGUGGACGUCAUCAACAUGAGCUACGGGGAACACGCGCACUGGUCCAACGCCGGUCGUGUGGGGGAGAUCAUCAGUAUGGUGGUGAACAAGUACGGCGUGUCGUGGGUCGUGUCCGGAGGGAACCACGGACCGGCGCUGGCCACGGUCGGUGCGCCGCCUGACAUCGCGCAACCUAUACUCAUAGGUGUGGGCGCGUACGUGUCGUCGGAGAUGAUGUUAGCGGCGUACUCGAUGCGCGCGCGAGGCUCGCCCGGCGCCUUCAGCUGGAGCAGCCGCGGGCCCUGCAGCGACGGAGCGCUCGGCAUCUCGGUCUGCGCGCCCGGCGCCGCGCUCGCAUCUGUAGCCAGGUUCACUCUGAGGAACUCCCAGCUCAUGAACGGCACGUCCAUGGCGGCGCCGCACGUGGCCGGGGCUGUCGCGGCGUUGAUCUCCGGUCUGUCGAGUCGCGGGCUGCCUCACUCGCCCUACUCCAUGAAGCGAGCCUUGGAGAACACCGCCACGUACUUGGAACACGUGGAGCCAUGGGCGCAGGGGGCCGGCCUGCUUAAUAUAGAGAAGGCGUUCGACCACCUGGUGUCUCACCACGCGGCGGUGGAGCGUGACGUCACGUUCAAUAUAAAGUGCGGUACUAACAACGCUAAGGGGAUCUUCCUCCGACCUCGAGCCGGCGACCCGCCCAGAGACAUCAACGUUACUGUGGAGCCGCAGUUCCUGGAGGACUACCGGGACCUGAACAAGCGGGCGGUGAUGGAGCGCCAGUUGUCGUUCGAGGUCCGCCUGGCGCUGACCGCGGGCCCGGCCUGGCUGCACGGGCCCAAGCACCUGCACCUGGCCGCCGCGCCCCGGGCCUUCGGGCUCAGGGUACACACUGCGGACCUGCCUCCGGGACCUCACUUCGCCAGCGUGAACGCGUACGACGUGUCGUGCGUGUCCAAGGGGCCGGUGUUCCGCGUGUCGGUGACGGUGCUGCAGCCUGAGCCGCUGGCAGGUCUGCCACACGAGCCCCACAUCCGGCUCACGGACGUUCUGUUCCGCCCGUCAGCCAUCAAGAGACACAUCAUAGUAGUCCCGUCGGAGGCGUCGUGGGGCGUGGUCCGCGUGGUCCGUCGCGGCGGGGAGAGCUCGUCCCGGUUCCUGGUGCACGUGAUGCAGCUCGCGCCGCGCCGCUCGUGCCGCGACCACGAGACGCAUCGCAUCAUGACGCUCGGCCCGCACGCGCCCGUACACGCUCCCUUCAGACUACUGGGCGGCGUGACGGUGGAGGUUGCGAUCGCCAAGUACUGGGCCAACGCGGGCGACGUUACAGUGGACUAUACUAUAGAACUUCACGGACUGAAGCCGGACUGCGGGCCGCGACUUACACUGACCAGUGCGGCGCUGGGCAGCGUGCGGCUCACGGCGCUCCGCCCGCUGGACGUGCAGCCCACCGCCGUGCUCAAACAUAUCGAGCCUGUGUAUAGACCGUCCGAGUCCAAGCUGUGUUCGUUGAACGCUCGUGACGUCAUCCCCCCCUCCAGACAGAUCUACCAGCUGCUCAACACGUAUACCUUCAAUAUACCUAAAGCUACCGAGGUGUCGCCGAUGGUGCCGAUGUUGUGUGACAUGUUGUACGAGUCGGAGUUCGAGUCCCAGAUGUGGAUGUUGUACAACAGCUGCAAGCAACUAGUGGCUGUAGGGGACGCCUACCCCUCUAAGUACUCAGCCAAGGUUGAUAAGGGCGAGUACACCCUCCGUCUGUCCGUCCGUCACGAGAGCCGCGCGCUGUUGGAGCGACUCACGGAGCUGCCGGUCGUGGUGCAGCAGAGACUCGCGCAGCCAGUCACGCUGGACGUGUACAGUGACCAGCCGCAGGCGCUGACCGGUGGGAAGAAGUUCACAUCAGCGUCUCUGGCCAGCGGUGAAGUACUGCCUUUAUACUUCGCGCCGCUCCCCGCUGAUAAAAUAAGUCGUUCGAGCCUGUCUAUCGGCGUGUCUCUGACGGGCACGGUGUCGUUCGUGAAGGACGAGCUGGGCCACAAGGUGGACGUGUACCCGCUCACUGUCAACUUACUGGACGGACCGCGCCGGACCAUCAAGGACAAUCGGCGACACGACGACUACCACGACGCGCUGAGGGAGUUCACUGUAGGAUGGAUGGCUAAGAUGGAGGGAGAAAAGUUGGACCAGGUGUACGAAGAAAUAUUAGAGAAAUUCCCGAACUUCAUCGGAGCUCAUGUGGCUUAUAUGAACAGUCUGGACUCACCGACUGACCCCAAGAGGUUACCGAAUACAGAAGACGGAGCGAACGGAUUGAAACCGGCUCAAGACGAACAGAUUAUAAGCAUCGCUGAUAAGGUCAUCAAGAGUAUAGAUCAGGACAAGUUACUGGCGCACCUGGGGACCAAGAACGACAUGCGGCCCGACUCUAAUAAGAUAAAACAAGAGUUCGAUCGUCAGCGCGGCUAUCUUAUCGAGGCGUUGUGUCGUCGCGGCUCCGCACUAUGUCGUCUAGGACGGCCGGCUUCCGUUUUACACGAGAACGCGAACACAUUACUGAAGUACACGGAGCUGAGUGAACCUCGCGCCUUACAAUAUGGUCUAUGGCACUGGACUGCCCUGGAGCAGUGGGGGCGAGCUAUGAGGCUGUGGUUAAGGACGAGUGAGGAGCGACCCUCACGAGAUGUGGACCAGCGAGCAGCGCGCGCCGCACGCGAGCUGGGCUGGACGCACGUGGCCGCGCAUCUUACCGCCGCCGCGCCCCACAGACACGCCGCGCACUACCGACCCUUCUGA